AUGCUCAGCUCCUUUCUCAGUCCUCUUCUGUCCCGUAAAUUUCCCCCCAUUGUGGAGAGAGGCGACCCAAUCACCCGAGCCAGGAGCAAUCAGGCCGGAGCCAUCACAGGUGUGCCUCCCCCCUGUCCCCCGCCUCCCCCGUCUACCCCCAGGACCCCCCCCUCCCCCCAUAGACCCCUGCUCAAAUCAUCACCUUUCACAUCAGUCCACCUCAAGAGCACGAGUACUCGGAUACAUUUAGGGAUCCCCUCCAACUUCAGGCAGUCACAGAAACACGAAGGGGCCCAGGCUCCCCCAGGCUCCCCCCACGCUCCCCCCACGCUCCCCCACGCUCCCCCCACGCUCCCCUCAGCGCCAAACAACCUCGGCUCCAAAUAA